UACGGCGACGGGCACAAGACGGUAUACACGUGCGGUCUCUGACCGAGACGUCACGCAACCGGCUACUUCCGGUCGUCCCCUCCCGGCCUCCCCUUUCUCUUUUCUGUUCUGCGCUGAAGAAGCCGGAAAGGGAAGCUGGAGAGAGAGAGCGCAUCGCCUCUCUUUUCAAAAUCGUUCCUUUUUUAAAUGCAGAUUUCGUUAUUCAAUAGUUGAAUCUCAUCGCUCUCCGUGAAUCUUAUCUCCUUCGUAGUUUACCAGGUUGCAUUAGAUCUCUUUGCUUCGCCUGCGAGCUGGGAGGCGAGGCACUCUAUGAACCCUAAAAAGCUGGCAAUUUGCUGGCUUUUUCGUCUUGUUUGAGUUGUUUGGACCAGAUUUCCGUCUCUUUCACUCCCUUUUGCUCUUCCUUUUUUUUCCCUCCUGAUUUGCGUCUUUGCUCGCUGAUGAUUUCACCUUUUUCUGAGCGCCGAGCAAGUCCCUGUGCGAAUUAGGGCUUUGGGAGAGAGGAAGAAGAGCCCUUUGGGAGAGAACGUGUUCGAUUAUAAGUUUAUCAUAUUGGCGAUGAUUACAGGUUGCUUUUUGGCCGGCGUUUCCGAAGCGGAGGUUAUCGGAGCUCUCAAGUCCUCCGCUUCCAACAGUUCCUGCUUUCGUCUUGCUUUGGGAUGCAAAAUUUGGUGAUUGCGGUUAUCAGCGAUGCCACAGUACCAGCAUCACGCUUCCUGGAGGACGGCGGGCGGCGGGCAGAUCAUAGAUCUGGAGACCGCCGUCAAAGACGGAAUUUUGGGUGGCUCUGGCGCCGGCGGAGGCACCUUGGAAGCCGCUUCCGAGAAGUUUGACCUGCUGAAGAUGAUCGAGGAGCUCGAUUCCGCCGUGGCGGUGGAGGAGAUGCCCUCGGUGUUCAUCUGCCCGAUCUCCCUCGAGCCCAUGGUGGAUCCCGUCACUCUCAUCACCGGCCAGACCUACGAGCGCGCUAACAUCCUCAAGUGGUUCUCCACGGGGCACCUCACCUGUCCAACGACGAUGCAGGAACUCUGGGACGACGGCGUCACUCCUAACCGGACCCUCCACCACCUCAUCAACGCCUGGUUCUCCCAGCGUUACCUCCAGAUGAAGAAGCGAGCAGAGGACGUGCAGGGCCGUGCCGCCGAUCUCGUCCAAACCCUAAAGAACGCCAAGGGGCAAGCAAGAGUCCAAGCCCUCAAGGACCUGCGCAAAACCAUCGCCGCCCACCCAUCCGUCGACAAGUCCGUGGUAGAUGCCGGCGGGGCGACGCUCCUUUCCUCUCUCCUCGGCCCCUUCACCUCCCACGCCGUCGGCUCCGAGGUGAUCGCCAUUCUGGUCAAUCUCACUUUAGAUUCAGUGGCCUUCACCAAUUUGAUGCAGCCGGCAAAGAUCUCCCACAUGGUGGACCUUCUCAGCGAAGGCACAAUCGAUACCAAGAUCAAUUCCGCGAGGCUCCUCGGAAUGCUGAUGUGCGAGAAGAGUUUCCGGCCGGAGGUGGUGUCGAGCAUGAGCCUCUUGGUGGCAUUGCUGAGAUUGGUGAAGGACAAGCGGCAUCAGAACGGAGUCGCUGCCGGACUCAGCUUGCUCAAGGCCAUCUCCUCCUCUCACGAGCAAGUCCGCAGCUUGAUGGUGCGCGUCGGGGCGGUGCCGCAGCUGGUGGAGCUAUUGUCGAACCCGAAACGGGAGCCGAAGUCGGUAGAACCUGCAUUGCAGAUCUUGAAUGAUCUUUCAAGCACACCGGUCGGAUUGUCUGCAUUGAAGGAUUGCCCUCAGGCCAUUCCCACGGCAGUGAGGAUCUUGAUGAAUGCCUCUCAAGCUUGUACUCAACAUGCAUUGUCUAUAUUACAGUCCGUCUGCCGACUAGCCCCCGACGAGUGCAGUUUCCUCGCCGUCGAGGCCGGGCUGGCCGCGAAGCUACUGCUCGUGAUCCAAAGCGGUUGCAAUCCGGAGACGAAACAACAGGCUGCCGAGCUACUGAAGCUAUGCAGUCACAAUUAUCCCACAACUGUGUUCAUUUCCAAGUGCAAUCUAACGAGAACAUUCCAAUAGCUACCCGAAUCAUAAAUUUAUCGUUAACAAUCCGCGAUCGAAGAUGUGAGCAUUUGCAAGUUUGGAUCAGGAUAUUGGAUCCUCAUGACUCAAGAAGGCUCCUGCUUCUUGUGCAUAGUUCUAUCUAUAUACAUGGAACUCCCAUUCUUGAUAAAAGAAGAGAUCUUCAUGUUUAAUAAGCUGGAACUCCAGUGCUGUAAGGCAUAGAAAGCGGAGGCUAGAGACAUACUGAACAAGCCUAUUCUUAGCAUUGAUUAUCCACAAAGUGGUGAUGGAAUGAGUGACCUAAUUGCACCACAAAAUGCUUCUGCUUUUUUGGUUUCGACUUUAACUUUUUAGGUGCGUGAGGACGUGAUGACCAUUGACCGGUGACCAAGAUGGGCGAUCGACAUCCCAAAUUGCUUUCAGGGAAUCGAAAGUGACAGGAGAUGGGCCAUGAAGACAUGACACACACUGGGAGACACUCGAGGUCUCGAGCAAGCAAGUCAUGACCCUUUUUAUUGGCUUCCUUUCUUUGCACUCAACGAGUAGCCGUUGACGCUGGCAGUGAGAGGUGCGGGCCUCCCUGAUUCUGCCUCUCUGUGCAUGCCACUUCAAGAAGGGAAGACUAGCAAGGUGAGCAGCAGCAGCAGUACAGCUUUGAGAUAAGAUAUCAGCUCCCACAGAGAGGUUGCUUUGCUUGUGAGGAAAAGGAAAUAUAGUGUGGCUCUUAAGUUAUCAGCCUCCCUUAUUGCCUCGUGCGAAAGGAGCGUUCCAUCGAAUUUCUUGGAGGGUUCCUUUCCCAUUUGAUUGCGUGAACAAAUGUUUAGGAGCUUGAGUUAGUGCGCGCUUGACUUAAGAUCUGUGCGUGCACACGGAAUGUCACACUUUUCUUGCACGGUCAAACAUGAAUAAGACCUUCAUAUUGGUUCGGUGCUGAUAAAGACGGCUCGUGCAUGGAUCAUUAAUCACCACAGAUCAUUAAUCACUUUUGCUAGCUGAUCUUGAUUUUUUUUGUCCCGGGACA